AUGAUCUGGGAUUUAAUAAGUCAGAGCAGGGUGCGGGAAUCAAGGAUCGAGUAUAGAGGAUUAUGCAUCUGCGGACAGGAUCCGGGGCUUGCAGAUCUUAAAUCGGAAAUUGUUGAUGGUGAUCAGGUCAGCUUUGCGGCCAAAUCGUCUGCCUCAGUCAUUUGUGUCAAGGAGAGGCGAGGAGAAUGUGGUCGACAUUUGGCCUUGUCAUCCUCUUCUAAUGGACGCUUUUGCAAUGACACUUCCGCCUAUGGCUUUUACGCUUUCAGCUUCCAGGCUCAUUUUCCAUUGGGCACACAAAUAAUGGUACGUCAAAGCAUACGCCAGUUAGAAAGGUGGGUUCGAGGUGAAAGACAGCAUAUUUCUAAUUCGUCUGAGUCGUCUUCAACUGGACCUGGAACAGUUAAAUUUGUGUUUGCAGGCUCAUGUGAGACAAGGGAAUACGAAAUGGCUAGUCUUCAUGUGGCCAGUCUUUCAUCAAAAGCCAGAAAAGCCGGAGAUUUUACACGCAAUUGUGUCGCAUACAGGCGGCAUGCAAAAGAGGUAGGCGGACGAGUUUACACGAAAGUUCUGACACAAAUUGGACAGGACGUGUCAAAUUUGGCGGUCAAAAAAGAGAGUGAUGCGUCGAGCUGCAAUCCCGGGUAA